ACGACCCGAAAUGGGCCAAAUCUCCCGCCCAUGACCCCACCCACACUCACAUUCAACACAAACCCUCCCAACCAUAAUCUUCUUCUUCUUCCCCCAUUAUCAUUAUCCCUAUUGCGGUCGAUCACUCUUCACUGUCUCUUUGGAAGGCUAAAAAAAUGUCAGCAGCUUCCGUCCUCACCAUCAUCAUCAUAUUCUCAACCGCCGCCGCGGCCAAGCAUCAGCCCUUCGAGAGGAUCUACGCCUUCGGGGACUCCUUCACCGACACAGGCAACGUGGGGCCCGGCGGCGGCGGGUUCUUCGGCCACGUGUCCAGCCCGCCCUACGGCUCCACCUACUUCCACCGCCCGACCAACCGCUACUCCGACGGCCGCCUCGUCAUAGACUUCGUCGCCCAGUCCCUCUCCCUCCCCCUCCUCCCUCCCUACCGCCGGCGGGGGGCGAAGAACAACGGCGGCGUCAACUUCGCCGUCGGAGGGGCGACGGCGAUCAACCACGCUUUCUUCGUGAAGAACAACCUCACGCUGGACAACACCCCCGUUUCCAUCCAGACCCAGCUCCAAUGGUUCGACGAGUCCCUGAGGAGCCAGGGUUGCGACGGAAAUACGGCGACGGCGGCGUGCGCGGCGGCGGUGGAGGACGCGCUGUUCUGGGUCGGGGAGAUUGGAGUGAAUGACUAUGCAUAUACUCUUGGAUCGGAAGUCUCCGGCAAAACUAUCCGGAGACUUUCCAUUGCCACCGUUACCAACUUCUUGGAGGGCCUGCUGAAGAGAGGGGCGAAGAAGAUGGUGGUACAGGGUCUCCCGCCGGCGGGAUGCCUAACCCUAGCCAUGUACCUGUCGCCGGACGACGACCGCGACGAAUUGGGCUGCAUCGAGACCGUCAACAACCAGGCCCGCGUCCACAAUUCCGUCUACCGGUCCAAGCUAGACGGGCUGAGGGCCCGCUACCCGAAAGCCACCAUCGUCUAUCUCGACUACUGGAGCGCCUACAGGGCGGUGGUUCGGAGCCCCGGCAAGUACCGGAUGAAGGAGAAAUUCAAGGCCUGCUGCGGGUCGGGCGAUCCGCCGUACAACUUCAACGUCUUCGCCACCUGCGGGAGUCCCGGUGCGUCCGCCGCCGCCGCCUGCCCCGACCCGAGCCGGUACGUCAAUUGGGACGGGGUUCACCUCACGGAAGGGAUGUACAGAGUGCUGGCGGAUCUGUUCGUCAAUGGCAGUUUCAGCACCCCGCGGUUUGCUACCCUGCUCGCUUAAUUGACAGCAAACAAUGAUAAUAAUGAUUUAGUCUGUUUAAUUCUCUGAGACACGGUUAGAGAGUGGUAUAUGAUCCAGUAUAAUCUUCUCCCAACAGCUCGAGUUAUUGGGACUAACUGGUUCUUGACAUGGUAUCAGAGCCUAGAACCGAAAAGUCAUGUGUUCGAAUCUCCACGACCCCCGAUAUUAACCGUUGUCUUUCAAGCACAUGGCUUGACAACCACUUGAUAAAUUGGUACAUAAAAUGUGUUUAAAUUCUAUUUAUGUAUGUGUAUAACAAAAACAAAGGAUCGUAUCGAACGCGGAAUAAGGCUAUUUGAUUGGAGUGGCUUAUUGGUUGUAGUUUGCAGUUGGAAUUGAUUGGGCUGGGCUUACCAUGAACAAUUUAUUGUCAAAGCCCAAUAUCCAAGUGAAUAAAAUUUUAGUCAUUGACAUUGUGGAUUGGCAGAAAUGCCCUAUUCCUGUCACUCCGAUUUCUUAGUGGGUUUGACUUAGUUUCUUGGUUACGUAAUUAGAUCAUGUAAUUACUUUGUAUCAGGAUCUUUGGCUUCUCUUUAAUGAGAGAUCUAUUGAAGAAAAAAACAAAGACAUUGUGAAUUUCUCGGUCCACAAAAAACUAGUGGUAGAUCGUCAGGCCAAACUUUAUUUGCUUGGAUAUUGGUCUCUUAGAAGAGCUAAUUGAGAGUCUGAUAGUAUCUUCACAUAGAUCAUGAGUCAUUGUGAUUGUGACAAUAUAAUCACAAGAGUUAGAAUCAUAAUUUAUAUCAUCUAAUAAUAUUAAAACACACCAUUCAUAGUGAGUUAAUGGUGAUCCAUUGUGGAAAAAGAAAAAGUAAGUAUGAGAGACAUGGGGAUAAAUACGAUAAAUUAUGACAUGUUAACCUUAUGACAUGAUAUAGCAUGCCUUAAAUCGUGUUUAAUCUGUUGCACAAUGAGUGAAAUUGCCAAAUAUAUCAAAUUGACUCAACAAAAGGAAUGAUUUUUAUAGGAUCUUGAGAUGCACAACAUUGAAAUAAUUGGAUACGAAUUGAACAUAUUUAUGAUGUCAAAAAAACGACACAACGUUGGUAAACAUAAAAGAUACAUGAUAUCGAAACUCGUUCCUAUUCCCAUUUUUGUAAAAUGUCACGAGAGAACAAUUAUUGAGAAUCGUCAUAAACCGAUAUCGUAUAAAACCAACCUAAUACCUACUACAUGGUCCAAAUAUUAUAGUUACACUUAGGGGUGGCAGUUCGGUUAACGGUUAUCGGUUAACCGGCCAGCUAAACCGAUAACCGACCGAUUAUCCACUAACCGAUAAUCAAAGCAACCGAACUUCGGUCGGUUAUCAGAGGCUAGACGAAAUGAUUUUUGAUCUUAAAAGUGAUUCGGUUAACCAAUAACUGAGAUAACCAAAAAACCAAAACCUAUUUCGGCCGAUUUUAGGUAGGGGGAGUGGUUAUUUCGAUUAACCGAUAACCGACAGAUCGAUUAUCGGUUAUAACUGAAAUAACCUUACUACCACCCCUAGUUACACUCACCUUGAACAAAAGAUUACUCGUCCUUUUAAUGUCACCCUAUGACCCUAAGGGCUCAUCCAAAUGAAAAGUUUAGUUCAAG